CUCCCGUGUCUGAGUUCCACGAUUAAAAAUACAUUUAAUGUCUCAGCAAGAAAGUACAGGAAUCUUCCCGUAGACCGAGUUUAUCGGGAGUGACAAUUUCCCCUCGCGGUUGGAACAUGAGGGUACAGAUUUCAUAAGAACCCGUAGUUAGUCACACCUCCCCUUCGGGGUCCCCCUUCCUCCUCCUGCCCUCCCUCCCUCCCCCCCCCCUCCCCUACACAUCGUUGCCUGUUCUGUAACGAAGCUGGAGAGCGGCGCCCGGCAGCUACCCACUCUGACUGGCGAUGUGGUAACUUUUGCCAGGCGCAGGCUCCCUGUUUUUGCCGUCCUGAGCGCUCUGGCGUUGCGGAGGUUGGAUUACUCGAAGAAUUCCAGGGGGGAGCGUUCGCAGGGUCUGGGAAGGGACCCGGGAUCCGGGGCCAACCACUUGUUAUACUCCCGGAGAGAAGCGAACUCGGUCGACGAUCCCAUCCAGUAUGUCGUCCUGCAGGGGCCUCUCGCAAACAGACCGGUAGCAAAGUGAGAGAACCACGAAUGGAACAGGUAUCCUGAGUGAUUUGGGACAAAAGAGAAUCGGCAGGUGCUGGAAAUGUUGAGUUACACACACAAUGUGCUGGAGGACCUCAGCGGGCCAGGCAGCAUCUAAGGACAGGAAUAAGCAUUUGACACUUCGGGCCGAGUCCAUUCAUCAGGACUGGAAGGGAAAGGGGAAGAGCCAAAAAAGCAGCCCCAGACACAGUGGACAUUGUGACAGCUCAUCACCAUGGCAAUGGUUCAGGCAAUGCCCAUAGCUUCUGAGCACCAGGGUCCAGAGAGUGGGACGAGCCUGCAAACUUCUGCAUCAUCGCCAGUCUUACCAGGCACCAUGGGUAGUGUUGGCAGCCUUGUCUCGGGACGGAACUACCAUGACAAACACUGUAAGGCCACGGAAUACAGCAGUAAAUGUCGGAAAGCCAACCAGAUCCAGAACAUCUUCAGGCAGCAAGACGGGCACCUAAAAAAUGGCUACUCUCAGGACUGCAUUGGUGGAAUAGUGACCAAGAAACAGAGUGGGAACUAUACCCAGCUAAAAGAUGACCGGCACAACGGAGGCUGGAAUAUGAUGGAAUCACCCGCCAGUCCCUGCAGUGAUCCCGAGGAUGUGCAGGAGGGAAAGUCGGUCAAUGGAAACAUUCGGGGUCCACCGCCAAAGAUAAUACCGGUGUCAGGCAAGCUUGAGAAGAACAUUGAGAAGAACUUGAUCAGGCCGACAGCAUUCAAACCCGUCAUGCCCAAGAACAGGAGCUCUGUCCAGUACCUCGUUCCCCGAACCAUCAAUGGACUGUCAGACAGCCAAGGAAGUCUGAACAUUGUCUUCAAUGGAAACUCCCUGGGGUCCAUCGGCUGUGCCGAGAAGCGCAACUCGCUCCAGAGCUACGGUUGCUCCCGGAGCAGCGCGCAGUCGGGAACGCUGUCGGACUCUGGCCGGAACUCCCUGUCCAGCCUGCCCACCUACAGCACGGGGGGAAGCCAGCAGCUGGAGGCAGUCAGCUGCUCCACGGGCCACAUCAACCUAGAGGGGCCCGGGGGGCAGCAGAGCCUGAAUGGGAGGGGCGCCGCCUCGCUGAAUGGACUCUCCAACUCGGACAGCGGCCGCUCGUCCUCCAGCAAGAGCUCGGCCUCACUGAGCGGCCGCUGUCCCCUGCUGUCAGACGGCGAACAGGAGCUGGGGGUCCGCGAGCUGGAGGAGAGACUGCGGGACAGGGAGGCCGAGCUGCGGCAGCUGCGGGAGAGCCUGGAGGAGAACGAGGCGGCCCUGUGCCAGAUCUACGAGGAGAAGCAGCGGCGCUGUGAGCAGGAAGCGGAAGAGCUGCGGCAGAGCUGCGCCACCAGGCUGCGGCAGAGCGCGCAGCGGGCCCAGCGGGUGCAGCAGGUGCUGCAGCUCCAGGUGUGCCAGCUGCAGCAGGAGAAGAAGCAGCUGCAGGAGGACUUUGCCCAGCUGCUGCAGGAGCGCGAGCUGCUGGAGAAGAAGUGUGCCUCCAUCGAGAAGGAACAGACUGAGCUGGGCCCGCGGCUGGAGGAGACCAAGUGGGAGGUUUGCCAGAAGUCUGGGGAGAUUUCCUUACUGAAGCAACAGCUUAAAGACUCCCAGGCUGAUCUAGCCAUGAAGAGUAACGAAAUUCUUUCCCUGAAAGCGCAGCUCCGUGAGAUCCGUGCCGAGCUGCAGGACCACGAGGACGAGAUUCAUGAGUUCCGAGAUUCGGUCCACACGAAGACCUUGGAGCUGGAGGUGUGCGAGAACGAGCUUCAGCGUAAGAAGAACGAGGCCGAGCUUCUGAGGGAGAAGGUCGGCAAGCUGGAGCAGGAGACUACUGGCCUGAGGGAAGCCCUGGGCAAUACAAGGCAUGCAAUUGGCCCGUACUCUGAGCGGGAGGAUGCUUUCCUGAUGUACGAGAGUGACGAGGCCAAGGUCCAGCGACAGAACUCAGACAACCAGCAGACCCUUAGACAGCAAAUGGAAAAGCUGAGGGCCGAGCUCAUGUACGAGAGGAGGAGGAGCGAGACUCAGCUGCAGAACUUUGAGGUGGAGAGACGCACGUGGCAGGCGGAGAAGGAGAAGGUGAUUAGGUACCAGAAACAGCUCCAACACAACUAUAUCCAGAUGUACAGGAGGAACCAGGAUCUGGAACGAGAAAUGAGACAACUCAGUCUGGAACUGGAAGCCAGGGAAUUAGAUGACCUUGAAGUGCGAAAUGAAGACAUUCGAUUUGAGGAGAUUGCGGCAACAGAAAUCUAAACUAAUGAUUUUAAUAAAGGACAAGCCACCUACCUUUGCCAAAUCUUUGUGUUAGAUAAAUAUAAUGCAGACAGGAUGGACAAUCAUAACUCUCUAACCUGUUUUAGUUUUAUUUCUAUUGUUUGUAAUAAAGGGACUUAUGACUGCUUUGACAUAAUCUUCCUCUGGGGCACAGUCAGACAUGUCGAUCAAUUGUUGCUUUCUUGGAGGUACUCUAUGUUCUAAUUAAGUGCUUUCCAAUCUCUUGCAGUGUGAAUUUCGGGGGAUAAAAUGAAAUAAAAUGGUGAAUUCAACCACACUGGUGAGCAAACACCCAGUAAAUAUUUGUAGUAUAAUACGUAAACCCAGCAGAACGCAGUGGAAUGAUAGAUGGUUCAUUAUACACUAGAACUGCCUUUGAGCUGUGUUAUGAAUGAAUGACCAGUACCAUUGCUACACAUUUACUAUGAAAGGUUAAAGCAAAUUUGGCCAGUUUGCUCCGUGGGUGAAGAUAACUGCGACCAAAAGCUGUUAUCCGGGGAAAAAAAAACUUGUCUGAGAAGCACUUCUAACAACUGAAAGCUGCAAACUUAGAAACUUGAAAAUGUAUUUUAUUUUGGGAAGUGCUCCUGUAAAACAAUUCUGAGCACCUUUUAUAAAAUGGCAUGAAAUGAUGAAGGUAAUUUCCUUUUACUUUUUUUUGGAUGGAAGGAAACUGGAUUUUUCAGCCAGAUUUAUAUUUUAAUAUACCAAAUUCUCUGUCCUUGCUGUUUGUAUCUGGGCUCUUAUUUCUGUCAGAAUUCCUUUGCUUACUACCUGUCCGUGUUACAGCUGUGGAUGAUAAUGGACAAGCCGAGAGUGAAUAUUAUGCAAAGUCAGAUUUCAAAAUCCAGUAUCCUCAAUUUCCACAAGGAUUAAGCCAGACUGGUUUGGGCAUUUGGGGUGGGAACCCAUCAUCACAGUGACCUUGAGACUAUGUUAAAGAGUGGAAUAGGACUGGGGAAGGCGAUUCAGAAUUACAGAUUUAUUGUCACUGACCAACAUAAGUUGUGAAAUUUAAAGUCCUGACGAAGGGUCUCGGCCUGAAACGUCGACUGCGCCUCUUCCUAUAGAUGCUGCUUGGCCUGCUGCGUUCACCAGCAACUUUGAUGUAUGUUGCAUAAGUUGUGGAAUUUGUUUUUGGUAGCAGUACAGUAUAAGCAUAACAAUUUUCUAUAAGAUACAAUAAAAAUACUGUAAAGGAGGAAUUAUCGGGCAGUGUUCACAGAUUCAUGAGCCGUUCAAAGCCUGAUGAUGGAGGGGAGGAAACUGUAAAACAAUGAAUUUGGGUCUUCAGGCUCCUGUGCCUGCUCCUCGAUGGUCGUAGUGGGAAGAGGGAAUGUCCAGGGUGGUGAGGCUCCCUAAUGAUAAAUGCUACCCUCUUGAGGUACCACCUAGGAAGAUGGUCUUGAUGGUGGUGAGGAUUUGCCCAAGAUGGAGCUAGCUGAACCUGCAGUCCUCUGUGCCCUCUUGCAAUCCUGUGCCUUGGUGCCUGCGCAUCAAUGAUAGAUCCAGUUGGAAUUUUCUCCACGGUACAUCUGUAGCAAAGUGCCAGUCUUUUGUGACAUGCCAAAUCUCCUCAAACUCCAAAUGAAGCAGAGGUGCUGGCAUGCCUUUGUUGUGAUUGCGUCAACGUGGUUGGCCCAGGAUAGAUGCUCUGACAUGUUGACACCAGGAAUGUAGAACUGCUCACCCUUUCAACGGCUGACCCCUCCAUCUUUUCACCCCCGUGCACUUGGUCCGGAAAAGAUUGUGGGGCAGUUUGUUCAGCAGGAAGCUCCACCCAUCCCAGUUUUCACUCCAGUAACCUCCCUGUCCACCCCCUUGCCCCAACCAGGUGUGCUAUAUUUUUGCAUAAUACUGGGAUGUAGCACUGCUAGGUGGCUGAAAGAAAGUGGCUAUGCAAAACAGAAGUAGCUAUGCAAAAUUCUGUCUUUCUAGGAGUAGCUCACAAGCUACUGAAGAGACAAACUGCUCCACUAUUCCCUCAGUUGACCUUAGUGAAACUUGAGCCCAAUUUGCAGGCCAUUGCUUCAAUCUCCAUCAUCCAAGUGGUGCCCCCAGUUGUGCAUCUCCCUGUGUGGAUGCCAGCUCCAUUGUAUUCCAGCUGAUUGACCCAUGGAGGCCCAGCAGAAGGUAAAAGUGUUGCAAGCUGCCAGCCUGGGGCAGAGUUCAGGUCUGUCAUGGUGCAGUGGACCUGUGGCUCAUAGGCUUUCCUUAUUGGUGCAGAGAAAUCAAAGGGUGAACCAGACUGCCUCACGGAUUUAAAUAAAAGCUUUUGAAAUGUCAGGAGUUUGUCUGUCUGCUGCACAUAACAAAACUAACGUUGGUAACCAUUAUAACACAAGGUAUAGAUGUAUGAAAAACUAUAGAAAAUCUAUAUUACAUAUUUUCCCAAUAUAUUACUAAAUAAUAUGAUUUUUAAUAUAUCAUAAUAUAUCAUCAUAUAAUAUGGUAUAUUCCCUAACUCAGCCACUUUGCUUUAUUAAUGAUGAUAUGCAUUCCAUUCUGUUCAAAAUUUACCCAGAAAGAAGAAAUGCUUUUACCCAUACACAUUUCUGCACACAGCAUCAGCCAACCGUCACCAUCAGGGAAGAGCCUGGGGGCUUGUUGUGUGGGAUAAGAGUGAGUGUGAAAAUUAUGUUAACUACCUUACCGGCAUCAACACCAUCAUCAGUACUUUGGUUCCUCAGUAUGUGGGAUAGCUGUGUUCACCUUUCCUGUAGGUUACUUCCAGAAGCUAAGAUGCUCUUCGUUCAUGGCUGUUAACUAAUGUUGGAGACACAAGAGACGGCGGUUGAUGAAAUCUGGCACAACAUACAAAGCGCAGGCAGCAUCAAUGAUGCAAAGUGGAGGAUAUUUCGGGGACCUGAAAUGUCAGCUGUCCAUUUUGCUCCACGGAUGCUGCCUGGUGACUGGGUUCCUCCAGUGCUUUACAUGUUGCUGCUGACUGAUGUGUUGUUGCUGCCUAUCUACAAGAUCAAAUUAUAUUGGUUGUUGGGACAAACACUGGCAGUGGCUGUUUUCUAAACCUUUGCAAGUUCACAGACUGUAAGACAAGCAGCCGAUCUUCCCGCCAAAGAUUUUGGCUUUCUUGAUUUUUAUUUUGGCACAUUCUGUCCCGAUAGUAAUAAAAUAUAAAUCCACCGAAAUCCCUCAAGACUCCCAGUUUAUCUUCAGUCUUUUAAUGAAUAAAUUUAUUCAUUAGUUUACAAGAUGGGGAUGUAUGUCAUAACAGUGGGUUUUAUUUUCCAUCUAUUACUGCUCCAGAAAUGAGAAUAUGGUGUAAGUUUCAACUACCUGUUGUCACAAAUAGGCCAGAUUGUAUAAGGAUGACAGAUUCUAAUCACUGUGAAUGGGUUUUCAUAAAAUUCUGGACCAUAAUUGACUAUACCUCUUGCCACCCAAUCUCCUGUAAAAAUGCUAUUUCAUUGUCUCAGUUCCUUUUCCUCCACAUCUGUUCCCAAGAUGUGGCUUUCCUCUCCAGGAUAUCAGAAAUGUCUGCCUCCCUCAAAGAACAGUGUUUCCCUCCCUCCACUGUUAAUGCUGCCCGCACCCCAUCUCCUUCAUUUCCCAAACAACCAUGCUCACCCCAUCUUCCCGCUGCCUUAACAGUGAAUAGAAUUCUUCUUGUCCUUACAUAUCACUCCCAGUGCAACCUCCUCAACGUUGGUGAGACCACCGUAAACUGGAUGGACCUUCAUCCAUCUGCCACAAGUGGAACUUCUCGGUGGCCAAUCAUUUUAAUUCCCAUUCCCAUUCCCGUUCCGACAAGUCGGUCCGUGGCCUCCUCUUACGCCAAGAAGACGCCACCCUUUGGGUGGAGGAGUAACACCAUAUAUUCCACUUGGGUAGCCUCCAAACUGAUGGCAUGAACAGCGAUUUCUCCUUCUGGUAAAUAAAAAUCCCCCCCCCCCCACACUUUCCUCUAUUUCCCACUCUGACCUUUUAUCUCUUUUCACCUCCUUAUGACUUGCAUGUGGGACCUGUCUCCUUCCCUUUCUCCUGUGGUCCACUCUCCUCUCCUAUCAGAUUCCUCCUUCUCCACCCUUUUACCUUUCAUACCCACCCGGCUUCACCUAUCUCCUUCUUCCCCUCUCCCCACCCCCCCCAUCUUUUUAUUCUGGCGUCUUCCCCCUUCCUUCUCAGUCCUGAUGAAGGGUCUCAGCCCGAUACGUUGACUAUUUGAUCCUCUCCACAGAUGCUGCCUGGCCUGUUGAGUUCUUCCGGCAUUUUGUUUGUGUUGCUUUCGAUUUCCAGCAUUAGUAGAGCUUCUCAUGUUCACAAGGUUCCUGUAGCUUUAUGUUCCUUUUGGUGAUCCUGGUCAUUUAUAAAUUGUGUUUUUUAAAUUAUGGAAUCAUAGAGCUCUACAGCACAGAAACAAUCCCUUCAGCCCAUCUAGUCCAUGCUGACCUAACCAUCUGCCUCUGACUCAUCCAAAUGUAAUAAUUUUUUUGGAAUGCAUGGGAUGAGAACAAACCACUCAGAUCUUACAGCUCUGAAUGGUAUUUAGACCCUGUGUAUAUCUGUCUCUGACAGUAAAUGUACAACAUUGAACAGUACAGCACAGGUCCACAAUAUUGUGCUGAACCAAUUAAUUAGUAGUCAAAUGGCCAACCAUUCUGCCUAUAUGAUGUCCAAAUCAUUCCAUUUUCCUCACAUUCAAGUGCCUAUCUAAACAUCUCCUAAAAGUCCCUCUUGUUUCUGCUUCUGCCAUCACCCCAGACACGCACCACUCUCUGUGGGGGGAAAAAAAUUUGAUCCUUAAAUUUCCUUUGGAAUUACCUUCUCUCACCUUAAAUGCUUGCCCUGUGAUAUUAGAUAUCUAAACCCCGGGGAAAUGAUGCGCUCUGUCUAUCUAUGCCUCUCAUAAUCUUAUAAACCUCUGUCAGAUCUGCCCUCAGCCUCCGGCACGCCAGAGAAAACAACCCAAGUUAGUCCAACCUCUCGUUAUAGCAAACGCCCUUUCAUCCAGGCAGCGUCACGGUAAACUUUUGCUGCAACCCCUCGAAAGUUUUGACAUCCUUCCAAUACUGGGUCGACCAGAACCAUAUACAGCACUCCACAUCUGGCCACACUAGCAUCUCUGACUCCUGCUCUCUCUGAGUAGACCCAGAACCAGGUCUACCUAACAUAGCUGCAGGGCAUUCAAAUCCAAUGUCAGCCAGCUGAAAAUGUUAUUUAGUGAUGCAUUCAGUGCAGCUUGAAGUCCACAAACAGCUGGGUUGGUGUUCAGCCAGGAACAGAAUGUCUUUGGUCUUUCCUGUAAUGUGUACGGAUGGAGCUGCAUCUCUUCCCACACAGUCCUCUUCCUCACGAGAGAUUUGUCAGCCUGUGGGAUCUGCGAGUGGAUAAACAAUGAAAGAUGAGGUGACAAAUGUUUUCUCAAAUCCAUGUCUAAUUGCCUGUGAAUAUUUAAUUUUGCACUGCUGGAUUUCUCUAGAGGUAUAUAAGGGAUGAUUAUUAAAUCAACAGCCGGUAAUGCUCCUGACUUGUGUGUGACCUGACUGGAACUAAAAAUGGAGAUGCAAAGUGCUCUGUCAACUCACUGUUGAAGAAGGAACUGAUUUCUAGCGGGCAGUCAGGAAAUGCUGGGUUUGCCCUUGAUUCUUUAACUGGGGUUAAGUGUCGAGCUAACAACUUGACCUCAUAAAAAAAACCUGGAGAGGGAUGGGCUCCACCAGGUUUCAGAUGCCCAAGACACGCCGUACGAUGAGCAUACCAAAAAAAGACUUGUCAUAACAGCGCCCCGAGGACUCCA